AUUUAAGUUGUAUCAUCCAAAGUGUAUAAGACCCAAAAGUGAAACGAAGAAGGAAAAAAAACACAUCCUAUUAUUCCACAAAAUCCUCUCCUCUUCCACCAAACUAUUCAGUUACCCACAAAAAAAUCUAAAAUAAAAACACAUACACACACUUCAAUUGAUAUCUCUUCCACCACUACAAUGUCAAGCACAUGAGAAUCUCUGAUUUUCUGAACUCAAGUCACUCACUGACUGCUACGCAUGCCGCCUACAAAUACCUCUUCCUCAAUUUUCACAUUUCCCGAUCCAAUUAACUAACAGCACACCUCACAUUACUAUUUCCACCUCCAUUUUUUUCCUUUCGUUUCUUCACAAUUUCGAUCUGAAUUCUCAAAACAAAACAAAAAAUGCUUACAUGCAUAGCACGUCCGAAGAAACUCGGCGACGACUCACUGAGUCACGGCGACGAUUCAGACUCAAACAACAAUGCUAAGAACGUAAAAUCGCUGACGUGUCAGAUAAAAGACAUGGCGUUAAAAGCUUCCGGCGUUUACAAACACUGUAACCCCUGCGCGCCGGCGAGUCGUGUCAGGAACGGUGGAAAUGGAAAUUCAGAGUCGGAAACUGAUUCGGAGAAGUUUCGGAGAACGAGGACAUGGGGAAAGGAGAUGGAAGCGAGGUUGAAAGGGAUCUCGAGUGGAGAAGGAACGCCGAGUUCGUCUUCGUCGUCGUUCGGCGGUGGUAGUGGACGGAGAGUGGUGGUUUUGGAGGAGGAGGAAGGGAAGGAGUGGGUGGCUCAAGUGGAGCCUGGCGUUUUGAUUACUUUUGUGUCGCUUACUCGUGGCGGGAAUGAUCUAAAGCGGAUACGGUUCAGUCGCGAUACAUUUAACAAAUGGCAAGCUCAAAGAUGGUGGGCAGAGAACUAUGACAAAGUCAUGGAACUUUACAAUGUUCAAAGGCUUAACCGCCAAGCUUUCCCGUUACCAACUCCAGCAAGAUCUGAAGAUGAGAGUUCAAAGCGUGAAUCAAUAGCAGACAGCCCUGUGACACCUCCACUGACCAAGGAACAACUAUCGCGCAAUUUAUACCGACCAACAGGAAUGGGAAUGGGAUAUUCAUCCUCAGAUUCCUUUGAUCAACACUCAAUGCAGUCCAAACAUUAUCAGUAUGAUUUAAGUGGCAUGAACUCAACUCCAAAGGUUUCAACCAUUAGUGCUGCAAAGACAGAUAUAUCAUCCAUGGCUGCUUCUAUAAGAAGUAGCUCUUCCAGAGAAGCUGAUCGCUCUGGCGAUUUAUCAAUGAGCAAUGCUAGUGAUCCGGAUAGUGAAUGGGUUGAGGAGGAUGAACCUGGUGUUUACAUUACUAUUAGGUCUUUACCAGGUGGUAAAAGGGAGAUCAGAAGAGUCAGGUUCAGUCGAGAAAAAUUUGGCGAGGUUCAUGCAAGACUAUGGUGGGAAGAGAACCGUGCCAGAGUACAUGAACAAUACUUGUGAUAUUCAUCAAUGGAUUUCCUGCUAAUGGUUUACAAAAAGUGGAGGUGGUGUUACUUAUUAAUUUUGUUUAAAAAUUCUCUAUUUGCUGCGAUUAGAUACCAAAAUCCAAAUGGUGCUACUUGCACCUCUAUCUUUUUGGGUUCAUAUCAUCAUGCUUUCUACUAGUUAUUCUCUUCUAUGUGGUAAUUAAAUUUAUUUAGCUUCUAUUAGUUAGAAAUCCUGGUGAAUCAAUCAAUUGUUGUCAUGAAACCUGAGUAAUGGUUGUAAAUUAUAUAUAGCUGUUGAAAUUGGAUACAAAGAAUGAGUCAUGUUGCUCAUUACUUUUUUGUUCUUUAA